AUGACUCUGCUGGAUGCCGAACACGAACAUUACACACAGGGAAAUCGCUCCUUGCGAUCUAUUUUCGUGCCUGGAGGUAUACAAAACCUGGUUGAGGGUACACUUGGUGCGUCUUUACCUCGGCUUAGCACCUUAGCACCCCUUCCUUCACCCCCCCCCCUGCGAACACUGCGCGCCUCGCAAUUUUAA